UAUUUAUAUCUUAACACCGUUAUAUAACAGUCGUCUACAUGAUUGGAAUUGGGAUUUUAUCAUCUUAUUCAUGCUUAGAUAUUUAUUAGACAUCGUUUCAGUAUCGAAUAAUAUUUUCUUCCAUUUCAUGGACAAGGUUGAUUCAUUUCUACGUUCCUUGUUCGAAUACGGUGGUUUAAACAUGAAAAUUGAGAACAAGAGCAAGCUAAGCGAUCGAAAUUCCGCCUCUACCCUGAAUAUAUCGAAAAACGUUCCGCAACAGUUUAUAAAUCCCCAGGCUGAUUUUUUGGCGAAAUAUCCUGAUUCUAACUAUUACUACAAGGAUAAUCACAAUAAUAAUCAAUAUAAUCAAUAUCACGACCGUAUCAUUAAUGAUAAUAAAAAUUUAAAUAAUGUCAUAUUCAAAAGUGGCAUAGAGGAUAAUAGAUUUUCGAAUAAUGCUAUUCCACAGGAAAGAAAAUUUUUUCAAUCAAAAGAAAAUGAUUUUGAUAUCGAUCACAAACCUAAAAGAGCUACUUGGAAGAAUCAUAACCAAACGAGUGGCACUGUCAUGGACCUGAUAAACAGUCAUAAUGACAAAAUCAAGGGCAUAAUACACGAGAACAAUAGGAAAACUAGCGGAGAAAAACCUAGAUUGCCAAACGAAAAAGAAGGACCAUUUUUGGACAAGAUGGUAAAUGGGUCUAAUUUGAACGAAUCCGCCUUUAGAUACUAUGCGGAAAAACAGGGUUAUCACCCUCCACUAAUUAAUCAUUUAAAUGGGCAAAGAAAUGUUAAGGCGAGCGAAUAUUUUGUUGCGAGAGGAAGUCGAAACCCUGUAACCCGCACCCCUUCUAACGGGUUCACGACAAGCCAACCUGAUAAAAGACAGUAUAAUAUCCCUAUUCAUAGGUUCAAUAGCGAGAUAAAUAAUGGUUCUACAUUUGGUUCCUUCGUUCCUCCUAGCACGCCUGCGGAAAAUGAUAGGUGGGGCGUUGAUAAAAAUAAAAGUGUAACUUUGAUUUUGAAUAACGGUCAACAUAAGUCGUUAAAUAACAUGCAUAGCAAGGCAGAGCAUAGUCCGAUCAAUAGGAGUAAUUUAGAUAGCGAGAACAAGACAUUGAACAAUAACAAGGAUAUUGAUCUCCUCUCCAAAACUUCGUCUAACAAUACGAACAACAAAAAAUUCUCUCACCCCGCUAAUUUGUUAAUUCGCAAAAAAACCGCACCGAUUCCUAAUAAACAUAAUAAUCAUCAAAUAAAUGACUUCAACUUGAGUAAUAACGAUAAAACAAUUGAAGUAAACAAAGUGGAUAUCAAACGAGAUGAGUCAUCAAGCAUCAUCAAAAUGAUUGACGAGACUAACAAGACUAAUAUCGAACUUCUUAAUGAUAACAACCCUUUGCAACAAAUUAACGGUGUGAAAGAGGUAGAAAAUGUCGAAUCCAAACUUCCUAUGAUGGAGAUUUCGUCUAAAGUAAAAGCGUUGGAACCGAAAGCCAACAGUAUUGUGAAGAAGCCUCUCUGCUCCCCAAGUUUUUUGAAGGGCCGGAAAAAGGUUGUCAUAGUUAUAACAGGCGCUAGUAAGGGAUUAGGCUUGGCUAUAACUAAGAAAUUAUGUGAAAUUUUUGUGCCAUUAAGUUGCGAUAAAAAUGAUCCAGAAGGAGAUAAUAAUGAUAAAGUCGAACAGAUGUAUUACGAAUUCAUCCUGACAUCUAGGAGCGACGAUGACACGUUCGUCAGAGAACUUCAAGAUGGCGUGGAUUACAUGCUGGAGGAUAACUCCAUGAGGGGAGCCAAAAGCCCUAAAAUAAAAAUGAAUUAUCAUCAGCUGGAUCUGGCAGAUGGAACAUCCAUCCAAAACCUUAAAAAUUUUAUUCAUAAAAAAUAUGGCGGGUUGGACAUACUGAUAAACAAUGCGGCGAUAUGCAUGGAGAAUUCAUUGUUAUCCCAUUCUAACAAGCAAAAUAACGUUAGACGAAGUUAUAGGAGAGGUUCGUUGAAACCAUCCUUGUCAAAUUCCGACAAUUCUAGCCCUUUAGACCAAUCAGAUAAGCUCUCCAACGAUUUAUGUAAUGGUAAUAGUGAGGAUGAAAAUACACAGCAUAUAGAAUAUUUGGAAUCAAAUCCUAGUGACUAUGAUAUCGCCUUUAAAACGCUCAGGGUAAAUUUUUGGGGUGUAAACCAAUUGUGCUCCGUUCUCUUCCCAUUGUUUAGCAAGAAUGGGCGGAUUGUCAACAUUACUUGCUCAGCCGGGACAGCAAGGAAUCAUAAGGACUCACUCAUGCAACAAAAAAUGCUAAACACAGUAAAUAACACCAAUUUAGAAACUACUAAUCAAGUUAGCAUGGAAAAUGCAAAAUCUAAAAAUACCGACAAGGAAAAACAAAGCUGGUUUGCAUCCAGCUAUUUCAACCUAGAAUUUAUCGACAAGAAUAAAAAUAAAGCCAAGAAUUCUGAAUCUAUCCUCGCUAGCGACAAAACUCACUCUGAACAAAACUCCAAAUUGAUGUUUAACACGUUGGAAGAGCUGUCCCAACUGAUGGAAGCCUACUUGGAAUCCACCAAAAACUGCAGAAGAUCUAAGGAAGGGUGGGGUGGGACCCAUUACAGCGUCUCAAAAAUGGCUCUGACGAUUUUGACAGCCUUGCAACAAAGGUUUGUUGAUAAAAAUUUUGAAUUCAAGAACUUAGUCAUCAAUUCGUGCUGCCCGGGUUACAUAAGAACAAGCCUGAACGGUAACAAAGGCUACCUCCAGGUAGAAAAAGGUUGUGAAACACCAGUUUAUUUGGCUUUACUAGAGAAUGAGGAAAAGGAAAGUAUGAUCCCAAGAGGAAAAUUUGUAUAUCAAAUGAAGAUCAAGACGUGGAACUAAUUAGAUAGAGAAAACUAUUAAUUUUUAUGUAACUACUCUUAGUAUUUAAAUUUAGAUCUAGUUUUGGGGGUCCAAUUAAGAAUGACCCAUUUAUAUAUAAUAUUUAUUAGUAUUAUAAUUUAAAAUUAUAUUAUUAUAAUCGUGUUAUGCAAAAGAAAU